AUGUAUGAUUUCUUAACUGGAAUUGUUACAAGUCGCAGAGCUGCCUGGCACGACUCGAAUGAAAAGGGUCUCCAACCACGAGGCUUCAACAUUUCAAACGCACUUCGGAAGAACUACGCUUUUCCAGCUGCGGGUUACAUUGAUCUGCCCGACACUGGCGGCUAUAUCCAGUACGGAGGCACAGAUUAUGUUCCGGAGCAGAAAUGUGGGCAAUAUAAAGUAUACAAGUCGUCAAAUGAAGAGUCACCACAGCCGGGAGGGUGGCAGAUACAGGGUGCCUCGUUCGGAGUGCGCUACAUAGCCGCGCCUCGACUCACUGGAAGUCUUCGACCUCUCCGCAUCAGAGUCGUGAUACCCGAUCAGGUGGACUGGCCAGCUGAACUUUGGAAUCCUCUAGACGCCCGCGACAGUGUCCAUAUACGCGGGCCGCAUGUGCAGGGCUUGGGGAUAUCACAGCAUCUUUGCAAGGCUCUUGGGUCAUGGUGCUCGCGAUUUGACGAUUUUCGACAGACGUACAACAAUAUGCCAUUUGCGUCGCUGAUACGCGUCGAAAAUAUAACGGCCAACAUCAGUGAGAUGCGAAUGUCUUUUGUCCCUCGACCCGACUACUCGGCAUUAACGUCGUCCUCACGGCAGCUCCAAGUCUUGUGGAAUAUGAGGGACGAUGAGAUGCCGCCUGUGGUUGAGCUCAAACACCUGCGCCUCGAGCGCGAAAUUGCAGACGAUGUCGCUCUGGUACGUAUACCUAGCCACGACGAAGGGAGGACGAUGUUCGCUUUCAAAUCGUCGUCUACCCGCUUUUCAGCGGUCUAUCACGAAUUGAAAACGCUGCUGGCGUUGAAACCACAUCGCAACAUCAUCCCCCGGCCUUUGUGUUUGGUCGUUGAGCGCGACGAAAGCACAGGUGCCGAGAGAGUGCUGGGGUUUUUGCUGAAAUACUUCCCACUUGGCAGUCUCUACGAUAUACUACCUCGACGACGUGAGGCAGGGACGUUAAAACUUGAAACCCAACUCCAUUGGGGAAUAGACGUAACCUCAAGCCUCAUACAUGUGCUCUCCGAGCCGGCAGAAUUUUACUCUGACCUGAGGACCGACAAUGUUCUGCUUGCGGUGGAUGAAGCUUCUCAGACGGAGAUCGCUGUACUCAUUGACUUCGAGCAAGGACGUAACCUGUACAACUGGGCACCGCCAGAAAUCUACAGGACCGAGUGGAUUGCAGAGAUGGGUCACAAAGACUUCGCCCGAGCCAAGGGUAUACCCCAGGAAGUCAGGAACAAAUAUCAUGGGAUCCUCACGCAAAUCCUCUCGGUGCGAAAAUAUCCUCUUCCAUUAGCUGCCCAGCCUGGCAUCUACGACAAUGCUCCCCAGGGAUGGUAUUUCCCAUGGCUAAUGAGCACCCGCCUGGAGAAGGAAGCCGGCAUGGUCUAUCUCCUGGGCAAGCUUUUGUAUUGCAUUUUUGAGGGACGGGCAAAUACGGAUAUUGUGCUCGGUCAAUCAUACGUUGGGGAACAGGAGCAGCAAUUCCCGGAAUUUCGUUUGACACCUCCACCUUUGCAGAACUUGAUCAAGUGCUGCACGUGUGGUGCACGUGAAUGGCUGAACGAUCCCAUCCGUAUCUACCGUAGAGGAGGUAAGGUGUUUCCUCUUGGGCAGGCUGGCUUGCAUGGCCAAGGCGAAGCCACCCUUCAAGAGACGCAGGAAGCCAUUGUAGCAUUCUGGAGGGAGGAGAUGAAAAAGGCGGAGGACUUCGUCUUGGCUCGAUACCGGCACGACAAGGGAGAGGCAACCGAGGAUGACAUGAAGCUGCUGCACUAUUUGCAUCGGCCUACUUUGGCAGAAGUCCAUCGGCAGCUUGUGUCGUACUCGGAGACCUUGAUCCCUCUGAAUUGA